GGGCUCCUCACACGCUGCGUGAUCCUCCUCACACACCGAUGGUGGAGGCUCCUCUCUCAGCCCCAUGGAGUAGUAGUAGUAGUAGUGCGGCGACUGUCGGCUUCUUCACAACCUCUUUUUGUUUUCUUCAUUUUAUUUUAUUUUAUUUUUAUUUGAUCGCAUUAUUUUGCAUGGAGUCUCCGUGGAGCGCCGCUUCAUCCCACCGCGAGUGAGCUGCUGUGAAUCCUGAGAGCACACGCCUUCCAACAGGAGACAAGAUGGCGACCAACAACACCUUACGCAGCUACUCCAUAAUCCCGUGUUUCAUCUUUGUGGAGCUCGUCAUCAUGUCUGGCACGGUCCUGUUGGCCUACUACAUGGAGUGCACGGACCUGUUCGGCGUGCACGUGCAGGGCUUCUUCUGUAAUGACGCCGAGCUGAUGAAGCCAUAUCCCGGCACGGAGGAGUCCAGCUUCGUCCCGCCCCUCAUCCUCUACUGCGUGGUGGCAGCUACUCCUACAGUUAUAAUCUUCAUCGGAGAGGUUUCCAUGUAUGUGAUGAAGUCAACGAGGGAAGCGCUCCUGGCCCAGGAGAAAACCAUAGUGACAGGAGACUGUUGUUACCUUAACCCCCUUAUCCGUCGCAUCAUUCGCUUCUUAGGUGUGUUUGCAUUCGGUCUGUUUGCCACAGACAUCUUCGUCAACGCGGGCCAGGUGGUGACCGGAGGCCUCUCCCCUUACUUCCUGUCCGUCUGCAAGCCCAACUACACAGGUGCCGAUUGUCGGUUUAAUCACCAGUUCAUCAUCAACGGCAACAUUUGCACUGGGAACGCCAUUAUUGUGGAGAACGCACGUCGGUCGUUUCCAUCCAAGGACGCCUCCCUAAGUGUUUACUCUGCGGUUUACCUGACGAUGUACAUCACAAGCACAAUCAAGACCAAGUCCAGUCGCCUGGCCAAACCCGUGCUGUGUCUGGGCACGCUCUGUUCAGCCUUCCUCACCGGCCUCAAUCGGGUGUCAGAGUAUCGAAACCACUGCUCAGAUGUAGUGGCUGGUUUUAUACUGGGAUCGGCAAUUGCUUUGUUUCUGGGCAUUUGUGUUGUGAACAACUUCAAAGGUGUUCAUACUGCGGUAGCUAAACAGAAGACUGAAGAAUACCGCAGUCUGCCUCUGAUGACUUUCCCCCGCGUAGAAAGCCCACUGGAGACCCUCAGCGCACAGCACUGACACGUCAGGCAUGAUAUUCGCACUGCUUAACCAGAUCACUUGUUGCACUUAUUGAAAAUGUUCCUCUUAUUUCUUUAUUCAUUUCUGCAUCUUUUCCAUCUUCUGUUUCCUUCAAUCAUCUUUCUGCUCUCUACUCAUCCUAAACUCCUAAACUCCCUUGUCCAUUCCUCCUCAAACAUUUAUUCUCAGAACCACUCGGCAUCCAUGACGGAGGUCACAUGACUAAGGGGGCAGCACCGGGUCACGUUUGCGUCUCCACAGCACKUCCAGUCACAAUGACGAGGACGCAUGCCACGUGAUGCCGAAUGCUUACAAAAAAUAAAAACCCACUUCUGAUUUAUCUGUUAAAAAUCACCUGGGGGACAGAAAACUCCAUGUUCGUUGUGGUUUUCAUCUAGCUUGGCUACUCUCUAUUUAACCAGCCAAGAUGCACAGAUCAGACCAAUGCAAACGUAUCACAAAGCCAACUUACUGUAAGCACAGGUUGUUUUUCCAGGUUUUUUGAAAUUUCUUUAAGACAUGGCACAUUUUUGUCCUCCACGGUGUGCCGUUUGUAGUUAGAGGAUGGUGUUUUGUACAUUUUUGUAUGAGCGAGUGCCGUCGCCUCUCCUGACAAUGUUAAACCUGCACACUUCCUGUCGGUUGACUCACUGUUUUACAUCACAUCCUGUCAGGUGAAAUGCCUCGUUGAUCACCACAUUCAUUCCACUCAGACUUAAAAUCUCUGCAAUGGAAAAAAAUAUAUAUAUAUUGAUGUUGUUGUUCUGUGGUGUUUGUCAUUUGUACAGGAAAAAAAAAGACAAACUUUCUUAUUAUUAUCUCUGUACAUUAAUCGACCAUUAUGAGGUCUUAUUUUUUAAGGAUUUUUGUUAAUCUGUAUGACUAUUAUGAUCCAUUUGGACCUGUUUGCCUGCUGUAAACCUGAAUAUGUUCUAGUAUCAGUUUAGGUGUUUUGGGAAGGAACUCUUCUCCCCUUUGGAGGAAAUGCGAGAUCGAGUCAGUGACAACUUCUGAGACAGAAACUAGGGUUUGUCUUUUCCUGUUAUUAGAUCCAAUAUUUGAAAUCAUCAAUGGUUGACAUGCUUGCUAUGAGUGUCUUUCACCCCAAUUUUCUGAUUCACUUUGAUUAUCUCUACACUGGAGUCCUGUGGGGCUAGCAAGUGUCAGAUCUGCAGAUUCCACUCGAUAAUUUUGAGAACUACUCCUACAAAUCCAUUUCAAUAAAAGGCAUUCUCAUUUUGUAGAAUAAAUAGAGGCAUAAGCUGAGUGGGUAACUUGGGGACUGAGCUAGCGUUUUCAAUGUCAACCAGGCCAAUGACUCCUGAUUCACUUUUCCUCCUUGAGGCGCCCCUUCCUCUCCCCAACCCACCUGUGGAUUGUGAUGCAAUGUUGUGACUCCAUUUCCUACUGGAAGCUAUGCCCAGCAUGAAAAGAGAAGUUGAUAUGUUUUAUAGAUAUUACUCAUGAUCAUUGUGAUUAUGUCCUUUUAAUUUAAGAACAAAAUAAGCUUUUUUGUCAGAAAUGCUAAAAUAUAUAUAUUUUUUUCUUUGUUGGUCAAAAAAAUUAAAUAGUCAGUAGCAACAAAGUGCUGUCUUGUGAUUUCA